GGCGCGGAGCCGGGCUCCGGGCCGGCCGGGCUCCGCGCCUGUCAAACCCCUCAUUGUUCGCAGCUGAUGUCACUCGCAGUUGUGAGCGGCCGCCUCUCCCGGGGACAAUGUGGGACUGAGCGGCCCAGCCGCCGCGCCACCGCCGCCGCAGGACAGCCCCAGCGAGUGCCGGCCAGGCCGCAGCGUGGACGCGGACACACUCCCAGGCCGCCUGGGCCGCAGCCCCGCCUGGCAGGAUGAGCAGCUCAGAUGCGGGGCUGGAGGAGGAGCCGGAGCUCAGCGUCACCCUCACACUGCGGAUGCUGAUGCAGGGGAAGGAGGUGGGCAGCAUCAUCGGGAAGAAAGGGGAGACCGUGAAGCGGAUCCGGGAGCAGAGCAGCGCCCGGAUCACCAUCUCUGAGGGCUCCUGCCCGGAGCGCAUCACCACCAUCACCGGCUCCACGGCGGCUGUCUUCCACGCGGUCUCCAUGAUCGCCUUCAAGCUGGACGAGGACCUCUGCUCCGCUCCCGCCAACGGCGGGACCGUCUCCAGGCCUCCAGUGACCCUGCGCCUGGUCAUCCCCGCCAGCCAGUGCGGCUCCCUGAUUGGGAAGGCUGGCACCAAGAUCAAGGAGAUCCGAGAGACGACGGGUGCCCAGGUACAGGUGGCAGGGGACCUGCUCCCCAACUCCACAGAGCGUGCCGUCACCGUGUCCGGGGUGCCCGAUGCCAUCAUCCUGUGUGUGCGCCAGAUCUGUGCUGUUAUCCUGGAGUCCCCACCCAAAGGAGCCACCAUCCCGUAUCACCCAAGCCUGUCCUUAGGUACUGUCCUUCUCUCUGCCAACCAGGGCUUCUCCGUCCAGGGUCAGUAUGGGGCCGUGACCCCCGCUGAGGUCACUAAGCUGCAGCAGCUCUCGGGCCACGCAGUCCCCUUUGCGUCACCGAGCAUGGUGCCAGGACUGGAUCCUGGGGCGCAGACCAGCUCGCAGGAGUUCUUGGUUCCCAACGACCUGAUUGGCUGCGUGAUCGGGCGCCAGGGCAGCAAGAUCAGCGAGAUUCGGCAGAUGUCGGGGGCUCACAUCAAGAUCGGGAGCCAGGCGGAGGGUGCCGGGGAGCGGCACGUGACCAUCACGGGCUCGCCGGUGUCCAUCGCCCUGGCUCAGUACCUCAUCACUGCCUGUCUAGAAACGGCCAAGUCUACCUCUGGGGGGACGCCCGGCUCGGCCCCCGCAGACCUGUCUGCCCCCUUCUCGCCGCCCCUGACGGCCCUGCCCACGGCGCCCCCAGGCCUGCUGGGCGCGCCCUACGCCAUCUCCCUGUCCAACUUCAUCGGCCUCAAGCCCGUGCCCUUCUUGGCCCUACCGCCUGCCUCCCCAGGGCCACCGCCGGGGCUGGCGGCCUACACUGCCAAGAUGGCAGCGGCCAAUGGGAGCAAGAAAGCCGAGCGGCAGAAAUUCUCGCCCUACUGAGGCCCGGCGGAGGCGCGGGCGCGGAAGUAGGCAGGACCGCCGGCAGGGGCUGCCUCCGCACCCGACCUGCCGAGGAGCCUCCGGCCUGGGGUCCCAACCACCACUAAUGCCCAAAAGCAUGGACGCCCUGCCUGGCCCCGGUCUGUGGGGAGCUCCUGCACUCAGAGUGGGGGCGUUUCUGGUCCAGGGUCCUGGGAGAUGCGGCUGUGCCAGGAAAGGGGCUCCACCCCCCUGUAGCUCUGUGCUUGGAUGCAGGGAGCAUCCUUAGUACCCCCGCUUUGGGGGUCACUCAUGCACUCCCCGUCCCUUAGGGCUUCCCAGCCUACUGCCCCCUUGUGGGGGUCAGGGAGGAGGGCUGGGGGCGGCUGGGGGCCAAGCUUCUCUCCCCACCUCCCCGCAGACCCCUGCUGCUUCCACUGACACCCUUUUACUGGAAUAGACUGGCUGGGCUUGGCUGAGGGCAACCCAGAGGGGGCGCUGCCGGGCCGCUGGGGGCGUCCCAGGGGGCAGGGCUGAGUUCUCAGUAGCAGACACUCUGUACAGUUUUUUCAAUCCCUGUUUUUGAAUAAAUAUUCUGAGACCAGGAA